AUGCAUAUAUCUGAAAUCUGCCUUCUUUUGCAGGCUGUUCUUGCGCUGGCGGCUUCUUGGACAUCUCGUCCCAAAGAGGAACGGACAUUGACUGGCACUGUAAUUGACUCUGGCGAUGGUGUAACCCAUGUUAUACCCGUGGUUGACGGCUACGUAGUCGGCUCGUGCAUAAAGCACAUACCAAUUGCAGGUCGCGAUAUCACUUGCUUCAUGCAGCAACUUCUGCGUGAACGCGAAACCAAUAUCCCUCCAGAGUUGAGCAUGGAAACUGCUAAACAGAUUAAGGAGAGGUAA